UUCAGUUUAAAGAUUUGAGUGUUAAGAAUGAUCAGAGGAUAACGUCACUAUCAGUAUGGUUUAUGUGCGCUCGUGUGCUGCUUCUCGGCAUCGUCGGAUGUCUAAAACGCAGCUAAAAUGGCAGACCGUGUUUUUUAUUUUCUGUGUGUACGGGAUGGACUUCGGCUUUUGUCAAGCGCGAUAUUCAAUCCCGGAGGAAGCUCCAGAAGGAUCAUUUGUAGGCAAUAUCGCAAACGAUUUGGGAAUAGAGAUUAGUAGACUUAUUUCUGGAAAAGCUCGGGUUGUAACAAAGGGCGGCCGGCAAUAUGUCGAACUGAGCAGAGACAAAGGCACCCUCGUAGUGAAGGAGAGGAUAGACCGAGAGGAGCUCUGCAAGCAAACAACGCCCUGCAGCUUCAGCUUUGAUCUGAUCAUGGAAAAUCCCAUAGAACUGCAUCGGGUCACUGUGGAGGUUCAGGAUAUAAAUGACAAUGCACCAAAAUUUCCUAAAGGUACCGUCAGUUUACAAAUUAGCGAGAACACAGAAACUGGGACUCGCUUUCCAUUAUACAGAGCUGUAGAUUUGGACGUAGGUGUAAAUGGUAUUGAAAAAUAUUCUCUUAGUCGUACCGAUUAUUUAAAGCUGGAAAUAAAUGAUGAGAGUGAUGGAACUAAACAUGUAGAAAUGGUUCUCCAUCGAGAAUUAGACAGAGAAGAACAAAAUGAGCUUAAUUUAGUCCUGACUGCGUAUGACGGAGGAUCACCCAAAAAAUCAGGCACAAUGCAAAUUCAUAUUUCUGUUUUAGAUGCGAAUGAUAAUAAACCCGUUUGUCAACAAUCAGUUUAUAAAGCCGAAGUUAAGGAAAAUCUUGCAGCUGGUACCGUAGUAACAGCAGUAAGUGCAACUGAUGCUGAUGAAGGAAUAAAUGGUCUGGUAUCAUAUGCUAUUGCUCAAGCUAGUGAAGAAGUCGGAAACAUUUUUCAAAUACAUUCGUCAACCGGACAUAUUAGUACACUACGGGGAUUAGACUUCGAGACAGAGAAAAAUUAUCAAAUAAAUGUUAAAGCGAUGGAUAAAUGGGGCUUGGCAGAUACCUGCAAAGUGGUUGUAAAUGUCAUUGAUGAAAAUGAUAACGCUCCGUCCAUACAGCUUAUGUCAUUUUCGAAUAUAAUUGCAGAAAAUUCUCCAGUCGGAACAACCGUGGCUGUUAUUAAUGUGGAAGAUGUAGAUUCCGGUCAAAAUGGGCUUGUGCAGUGUAAAAUAAAUGAAAACGUGCCGUUUAAAAUAGAAUCGUCUCUUUCUGAUUACUAUGUAAUAAUUACUGAUGAAACUCUCGAUCGAGAAAACAUUGCUGAAUACAACAUCACCAUUCUGGUGUCCGAUCAAGGAAGUCCUGCACGAUACAGUAACAAAACCCUAAAUGUUAAGAUUUCAGACGUGAAUGAUAACCCACCCGUAUUCAGUUCUGAAGAAUAUAAAACAACCGUUAUUGAAAACAACUCUCCGGGUGUGGCUGUGCUCACGGUAAAAGCGAGCGAUGCUGAUUGGGGUCCAAAUGCGCGACUUUCUUAUUUUUUGGGGAAUAAUAAUAUACAGGGCAACCCAGUGAGUUCUUUAUUCUCAGUAAAUGCAGAGAGCGGGGUUAUACAUGCACUCAAAGCCUAUGAUUACGAGCAAAUGAAAAGUUUCAGCUUUAACGUGACAGCCCGAGACGGAGGGUCGCCUCCUUUAAGUUCUGAAGUCACAGUGACAAUCAACGUUCAAGAUCAGAACGACAACGCUCCUCAGGUCCUCUACCCAGUACAGACCGGUGGCUCUGUGGUGGCUGAGAUUGUGCCUCGUUCAGCAGAUGUGGGUUAUCUGGUCACUAAAGUGGUGGCUGUUGAUGUGGACUCCGGACAGAACGCCUGGCUCUCCUACAAACUCCAGAAAGCCACAGACAGGGCGCUGUUUGAAGUGGGAGCGCAGAAUGGAGAGAUACGAACUGUGCGUCAGGUCACCGAUAAAGAUGCCGUGAAACAAAAGCUCACUGUAGUUGUGGAGGAUAACGGACAGCCGUCUCGCUCAGCUGUAGUUAACAUCAAUGUAGCUGUAGCGGACACUUUCCCUGAAGUGCUCUCAGAGUUCACAGACUUUACGCAACACAAACAAUAUAAUGACGACCUCACCUUUUAUUUAGUGUUAGCAUUAGCUGCUGUUUCUUUCCUUUUCAUCACGACUGUAGUAGUUAUAAUCUCAGUAAAGAUCUACAGGUGGAGACAAUCGCGCAUCUUCUAUCAGUCUAAUCUCCCAGUUAUUCCGUACUAUCCACCCGGUUACACAGACACAGGUGUUACUGGAACUCUGCCGCACAUGUAUAAUUAUCAUGCUUGUAUGACGACUGACUCGAGGAAGAGUGACUGUAAAUAUUCUACACUCGGAGGACAGAAUGUUUUAGUCAUGGACCGCAGUUUUACAGAAACUAUGCAACGAGCAAUGAGAGAAAAAGAAUUCCAGCAGGACCUAGAGUCACCGGAGGUGGUAAGGAAGUAA